CAGGGGCGCUCCGCGCAGAGGCGGGACGAGUUGAGCGGCUCCGGCGCCCGCGCUGAGCCGCGAGGGAGGGGCCGAGGACGCCCGUGCGGCCGAUGCUUCUGCCCUCAGUGAGGCGGGGCGCGCGGCGAACGCCCCGGGCAGGGGCGGGAGUGGUGGAGUCGCCGGCGGUUGGCACUGAAAGGGGCGGUGAGCGAGCUGCUCCGUUUUCAAGGCGAGGCUUGGCCUCCGGAGCAGAGACGGGGGGAAGCGGUGGUGGCGGCGGCCCUCGGGCCGGCUGGUGAGGUGAUGGCGGCGCCGACCCCGGGGGCUGGAGGAGCCUCGGGCGGCGCUGGCUGUAGCAGCGGCGGCGGCGCGGGCGCGGGCUCGGGCUCGGGCUCGGGCUCUGGGUCCGCGGGGCCCGGGGGCCGGCUGCCCAGCCGGGUGCUGGAGUUGGUUUUCUCCUACCUGGACCUGUCGGAGCUGCGGAACUGUGCCCUGGUGUGCAAGCACUGGUAUCGCUGCCUGCACGGCGAUGAGAACAGUGAGGUGUGGCGGAGCCUGUGUGCCCGUAGGCUGGCUGAAGAGGCUCUGCGCACGGACAUCCUCUGCAACUUGCCUAGCUACAAGGCCAAGGUACGUGCUUUCCAACAUGCCUUCAGCACUAAUGACUGCUCCAGGAAUGUAUACAUUAAGAAGAAUGGCUUUACUUUACAUCGAAAUCCCAUUGCUCAGAGCACUGAUGGUGCAAGGACCAAGAUUGGUUUUAGCGAGGGCCGCCAUGCAUGGGAAGUAUGGUGGGAGGGCCCUCUGGGCACUGUGGCGGUGAUUGGAAUUGCCACAAAACGGGCCCCCAUGCAGUGCCAGGGUUACGUGGCAUUGCUGGGCAGUGAUGACCAGAGCUGGGGCUGGAAUCUAGUGGACAAUAAUCUACUACAUAAUGGGGAAGUCAAUGGCAGUUUUCCACAAUGCAACAAUGCACCAAAAUACCAGAUAGGAGAAAGAAUUCGAGUCAUCUUGGACAUGGAAGAUAAGACUUUAGCUUUUGAACGUGGAUAUGAAUUCCUGGGGGUUGCCUUUAGAGGACUUCCAAAGGUCUGCUUAUAUCCAGCAGUUUCUGCUGUAUAUGGCAAUACAGAAGUGACUUUGGUUUACCUUGGAAAACCUUUGGAUGGAUGACAGCGGCUUUUUUGGGAUGAAAGACAGAAUGGAAGAGAGAUCUUCUUAUGGAAAGUAGAACCAUAAAGUGACUGUCAUAUGUGCAUGUCCAAGAAACAUCCUGAAAAACACAUGAAAUUAUAAACUGGAGAAGCAACUCUACAGCAGAUCAUCUUAGUGUUUCCUCUUUCUACUGGGCCAGAAAAAUCCUCAGGGUUGCAGUUGGUUGAGUGGGCAGUUGACAUAUGCAUGUUGCAACAGAUUUUGUCUCUAAGUUAGCAAUGUGUUAUUUCCAGCUUUAAAGGUGAGAUUUUGGAGAUGCUGUAGAAGGGAUAAGAUAAAGAAAUAGCAAGAUUUUUAAGUGGUAUGUUUGUGAAGAAAGAUUGGUCCCAUCUUACAACUGCCUGUUCUUUCUCCAGUCCUUUUUUUCCAGCCAGCUUGACUAUUAGAAAAGUAUGAAACUGGUUGGGUUUUAUUUAAUAUUUUUAAUAUAUUGAGAAGCAUGGUCUGCCUGGACUGCACUUCUCUAAAAGUGAGAUAUAAAAUUGUGCAGCUACUUUAAAAGUUGUAUAUACAAUGUGUGUAAAAAAAAAAUGUAAAAAAAAAAAAAAAAGGACAAAGAGGUUGCUUUGUUUUAGUUUAAUCUCUUAAAAACCACUACAUGGUACAAAAUCAGAAUAACUUUUGGGGACAGUUGGGCAACUUAAAAAGAUGAUGAUUUUAAGAGAUGUGUUCUAUUGGCUCAUUUUGUAUUAUUUUUUGGCUUACAGUUCCCAUGGCUAUUACAGUCUUUUGCGCUUUUUUUGUCUUUUGGUUUUUUACACUCAAAAUUAUAGUAAAGAUUUCUCAGUCUCUUCACUAAAGAUUGAGGGAAGGCAAUCUAUUUCUAGUUAUACCUAUGUGAGUAAGGAUGAUCUAAAUAUAGUAAUGUGCAUCUUUUUUGGUAUCUGGUUUUAUUUUUUGGCCUUCUGAGAAAGUAUCUCGUAACAAAGAAUCUUGCCAUUUACUCUUAUAGGCCUCAACUAUGAAAGCUACCGGUCAUAAACUCUAGAAAAACAAAGAAAUGAUUAAUAUUCCUUUUUUUUUAUAACUUUAUACUACUGUAGAUACUAUUAGGAAAAAAUUUAAUUUCACACUGUUUACAUCAUGCAACAAUUUAAGCCUCAAACUCUUUUUUGGGGCUGUAAAGAAAAUGUUUACUUACCCACCUGAAACAGGUUAAGAAUAUUCUUAAUCUCAUUAUAGAUAAUUGCCCCCAUGGGACUUGAAAUAAUAACACCUUAUGCUGAAAACUGCAGGUUGGCAAUGUUUUGAAGGUUUCAUUGUGGAAGAAUUUAAUAUUAAUUCCUAUUUUAACUUAUAAAUCUUACUUCUCUUCACUAUAACUUUUGAACUAAUAAUUCAACACACAUGAGCUGAGAUUUUCUUUUGUUAGAAGAGAAACAAAUAUCUUUCUGUAUGAAAGUAUAAAUUGUAUGGUUUUAGAUACAUAAAAAUUGAUGAGGGCAAGUGAAAUAUUUGUACUUUUUGGGUUAUUGCUAUAUGUAUAUUUUGUUUUAAACCUAAUAAAAUUAGGGACAGUAAGCACUG